AUGAGGCGUCGUCGUGGUGCAGUGCCCCGGCACGAGAGUUCCCGACUGGAACUGGCCAAAGUCACCCGAUCCGAGAUGGGCGGAUACAAAUGCACGGCGAACAACGGCGUCCCUCCCUCCGUCACCCGGACCAUCUUCCUCCACGUUCACUUCUCGCCGAGCGUCCGGGCCAGCCUGCAGAUGAUCGGGGCUCCCGUCGGCGGCCGGGUCACGCUCGAGUGCCUCGUCGAGGCGUCGCCGAAGCCGCUCAACUUCUGGCUCCUGGGCAACGGCGAGUCCCAUCUCUUUCGCUUUCGUCCGAAAUUCAUUUUAAACAAAAGAGGGGAAGAGCCUCGUCGUACCUUUCGGGCUGAAAAUCCACAUUCAUGGGUGGGAAUGGCAUAA